AAGAAGAGCACUUCCGGUUUCCUCUCGGCUCCCGCCCCGCUCCGCCAUCAUGAAGUCCUGAACAAAAAAACGGAUGAGAGCCGAGUAAUAAUGGGGAUAAAACGGAGCGGACAGGCAGCUCACCGGCAGCGUUAGCUAAAAUGUCACUGCGAAUCGGAGUAGGGAGCGGAGUGGCGGGUUUUAAUGAGCCGGUCUCCCGCUGAACGACGUCCUCUAUCAGCUCCGGCCGUUGACGUUAUUCGGUUAGCCGCUGUGCUAACAGCAGCCCCGGAGCCUUGGCCCUGAUUUUUCUCCCCAUUUUCUCCGGCAGGGCAGCUGCGCUCGUGGGUUAGCUGGCAGUCAGCUGGCUCCACUCAUGUCAAGUAGCAGAAAGCUGCUGGGAGCACCGGGAUGGCCGGGGGUUUAGCUACAACCGCGACGGGCAGACGGAAUGUGGGCUGUUCGUGUUGAAUAGUCACCAGAGCCGAGGAGGAGAAGGGAGGACAGGGGAGGGAGAAACCAAAAUUUUCCUGCCAGGCCAGUCAGCUAGCUCCCGGGCUAGCUACAGUGGAGCCCAACAAUCACGGCGCUGGCCAUGCCGUUGAGUGUGCGGGCCGGGAGCCUGAAGGACCCGGAGGUGGCGGAGCUGUUCUGCAGGGAGGACCCCGAGAAGCUCUUCACCGAUCUCAGGGAGAUCGGCCAUGGGAGCUUUGGCGCCGUCUACUUUGCCCACGACAUCCGCACCAAUGAGGUGGUGGCGAUCAAGAAGAUGUCCUACAGCGGCAAACAGUCCAAUGAGAAAUGGCAGGACAUCAUCAAGGAAGUGAAGUUCCUCCAGAAGCUGCGCCACCCGAACACGGUGGAGUACCGAGGCUGCUACCUGAGAGAGCACACCGCCUGGCUGGUGAUGGAGUACUGUUUGGGUUCCGCCUCCGACCUGCUAGAAGUCCACAAGAAACCCCUCCAAGAGGUGGAAAUAGCUGCCAUUACCCACGGUGCUUUGCAGGGACUGGUCUACCUUCACUCUCACAACAUGAUUCACAGGGAUGUGAAAGCAGGAAACAUCUUGCUAACAGAACCGGGUCAGGUCAAACUGGGAGACUUCGGCUCUGCUUCUAUUGUUGCUCCGGCCAACUCCUUCGUGGGAACACCUUACUGGAUGGCCCCUGAGGUGAUCCUCGCCAUGGACGAGGGACAGUACGACGGGAAGGUGGAUGUGUGGUCACUUGGCAUUACCUGCAUAGAGCUGGCGGAGAGGAAGCCGCCGCUGUUCAACAUGAAUGCUAUGAGUGCCUUAUACCACAUCGCCCAGAAUGAGAGCCCCAUGCUGCAGUCGAAUCACUGGUCGGAUUAUUUCCGCAAUUUUGUGGAGUCCUGUUUGCAAAAGCUGGCCCAGGACAGACCUACCUCUGACGUGCUGCUGAAGCACCAUUUCCUAUGCAGGGAGCGCCCCAUGACGGUGGUGAUGGAUCUGAUCGCGCGAACCAAGGACGCCGUCCGCGAGCUCGACAACCUGCAGUACCGCAAGAUGAAGAAAAUCCUGUUUCACGAGGCUCACAACGGUCCGGCACCGGAAGGAGGGGAUGAGGAAGAGGAUGUGGAAGGGUACAUGCUGCGCACUGGCACAGUGAACAGCAUGGAGAGCUCCCACUCCCUGCCGUCCAUGUCGAUCAGCGCCAGCUCCCAGAGCAGCUCCGUCAACAGCCUGGCCGACGGCUCGGACGACAGCGGCGAGAUGGCCAUGAUGCAGGAGGGCGAGCACACCGUCACCUCCAACAGCUCCGUCCUGCACAAACCUCUGAGCCACGACAACAUCUACGAUGAUCCCUAUCAGCCAGAGGUUGACUCUCAACGAGAAGCUUCAUCUGGCGGUGGCGGGGGAGGAGGGGGAGGCGGUGGCAGACGUCGACGGCGAGACCACUUUGCCACCAUCAGGACCGCCUCGCUGGUGACCCGUCAGAUCCAGGAACAUGAGCAGGGCUCGGCUCUUAGGGAGCAGAUGUCUGGGUACAAACGGAUGCGGCGACAGCAUCAGAAGCAGCUCAUGGGUCUGGAGAACAAGCUGAAAUCAGAAAUGGACGAGCACCAAUUGAGGCUUGAUAAGGAGCUGGAGAACCAGAGGAACAAUUUCUCCAUGGAGCUGGAAAAACUGUCGAAGAAGCACCAGGCUGUCCAGGAGAAGGAGACGAAGGCGGUCCUGACGGAGGAGAAGAAGUUCCAGCAGCACAUUCUCGGUCAGCAGAAGAAGGAGCUGACCAGCCUGCUGGAUUCCCAGAAGCGACAGUACCGACAGCGCAAAGAGCAACUGAAAGAGGAACUGAACGAGAACCAGUCGACGCCGAAGCGAGAGAAACAGGAAUGGCUGGUGCACCAGAAGGAGUGCAUGCAGCAGCUGCAGGCGGAGGAAGAAGCCAGCCUGCUACGGAGGCAGCGGCAGUAUUAUGAGCUGCAGAGCCGCCAGUACAAGAGGAAGAUGCUGCUCGGACGCCACAACCUGGAGCAGGAUCUGCUCAGAGAGGACCUGAACAAGAAGCAGACCCUGAAGGACCUGGAGUGCGCCAUGCUGCUGCGGCACCACGAGUCGACGCAGGAGCUGGAGUUCCGGCAGCUGGGCGUGGUGCAGCGGACGCGCGCCGACCUGAUCCGCACGCAGCACCAGACCGAGCUCACCAACCAGAUGGAGUACAACAAGCGGCGCGAGCAGGAGCUGCGGCAGAAACACGCCGUGGAGGUCCGCCAGCAGCCCAAAAGCCUCAAAGUGAGUGAGGGCCGGGACGGCGAGGCGGUGCCGGUGGGGCGGGGCUUAGAGCCAGACGACGUGGAGGAGUGUGAGGAAGAGCCGGACGGAGCCGCAGAGCUCCGAGACGACAAGGCGAUUAGGGAGGAAGGGAAAGGAAGUGAAGUGAGAGAGGUAGAGGGGGUGCAGUGGGCGUACGAGGGCGAUCAAAGCGAAGCGUGUCACGUUGAGUCUGAUGAAGAGGAGGAGGAGGACCGCGGCGUGGCCGACGGAUGUCCGUCUGAGCUCGACGACUUGUCAGAGUUCUACUUCCCUGACGCGCCGGAGGAACUGAACACGGUCGCCGCCGCGGCCCCGCCUCCCCCGCCGCAGUCCUCCCUCCCCUCCCUGUUCUCCCACGCCGUCUGCCUGCUGCUCUCGCUCUCCACCGCCGCGCAGCCGUCCAACCUCACGCUGCUGCUGCUCUCCGUCUUCCUGCUGUCGCUGCGUCGCUCGCCGCCGCUGCCCUCACUGGCAUCCGUCGUGCUGUCGGCCGAGCUCGUCUUCCUGGCGCUCUUCUUCUCCUACCUGCUGCUGCGCUACUGCUGCGCGCUCUCCCUCUCCUCCUUCCUGUGGCUCAGCCUGUGGGGUGGCGGCGUCUUCAGCCUGGCGCUCGCCGUCAGCCUGGGGCUCUACUACAUCCCCUUCAUUCUCGUCUCCGCCUCCUUCCUCAGCUCCCCGGCCAUCUUCCUUUCUCUCUUUCUGCUCGUCGCGCUCGCUGUUCGGCCGGCGCGGAGCUUCCUCCAGCGGGCGCCGCGGAAGCUCAACCGCUUGUGCAUGCGCGUGCUGUUCCGCUUGCCCCGCCCCCUUUUCGCCAUGCUGCAGUCAGUUCUGGGCGGCGUGGCAGAGCGGAACCUUUACGAAAUGUUCCCCAAAGCCGGGCGCAACUGGGGCGUCCGCCAAUCGCGGAUCCCCGUCCCUUUGAAGAGCUUACCCUCCGAGCAUCACGCCCGCCGCCGUUGCCACAGCAACUCACGCCUGGCGAAGCUGCUGCUUUGGGUCGGGCGAUUCGGAAGACGGCCGCUAGGGGUCCUCACAGACCUUGCCAACACUGUGAUCUUGAAACUCGCCAGGCGGGUCGUUACGAACCUCCCGUUGCGCGUCCGGGUCAAACUCCGAACCCUGGGGCUCCUGAGGAAGGAGCUACCCAGCCGGUUGCCACGGUUACUGCCACGGGAGGUCCGAGAGAGGAGGCAGAGGGAGCGGAGCAGGAGGAAGAUGAGGGAGGAGAGGAUGAGGAUGUAUCGCGAAGAAACGAGAUGGGAGUGCGGGUUGAGGCGAACCGCAUCCGGAAGGUUUGAGAGAGGGAAACUCCGACCGUGGAGAUAACAGGAAGUGACCCGGUUCUGGUUUCUGCAAAUACACAACUUAACAAGGAUCAUUAUUUUAGUUUCUAGUGCAAAUAUCUUAGUACACUUCAAAAAUAACUUUUCAGCAAGAAAUAGGAGCUGGGUUUAGUUAAUAAUUUAUUAAAAUUAUUUUAAGUGAAAUGAUCGGCCAUUUUGGCUUAAAAUCUGUGAACAAUGUUGAUGAAAAGUUACUUGUGAAUAGUUUUUGUCUUAUUUCAAAUGUUCACAGAUAUUUACACUGGAAACUAGACCAAAAUACUAAAAAGACUUUAUAACUGUUGUGUUUUUGCAGCGUAUACCCGGCUAAUCCAGAGAUUAUCCCCCAUUUCCUCAUUGUGCUUUUUGUAAAAGUUCCUUAAACCUCCAUCAGUUUUAUUACUUUGUUCUUAAUUUCUAAGAAGAAUCUUUUUAUGGUUAUUUUAAGACCGUUUUGUUUUUAUCUUUUAGUCUUUUUUUAUUUUGAUUUUUUUUCUCUAUAGUCGUCUCAUUGUGCCAAGAACAAAUACUUCAGUGUUAACGAUGCUCCGUGAAUGAAACACCUUUAUGCUAAAAAAAAAUUAAAAAGCUGUGAAAAAUAAUUUAAAUUAAAAAAAAAGGUUUUAUGAUUUCAGAAGGGUUUCACCAACGUUGCCCUCAACACUAGCUAGCGGUCGGCGAUAAUCGAAGUGCAAUAAACGGCGGCGGCCAUAUUUACCGUCGCUUCCAAUCAAAUCCGUCUGUUAUUGAUGGAAAGAAACAAAAAUCCAACCUUUAAUUUGAAUUUGAAUUAGUUUUUUUUUGAUGGGGAAAACUGAAACAGGCCCAAAGCAUCACUGGUCCUCCUCCAUGCUUUCCUACAUAUCACCCCUAAUCUAAAUAUGGCUGUUUUCUACAAGCUACUUCCUGAUUUAUCAAGACCAACACAAACUGCUUUUACUGGAAUUACAUGUUUUUUUGUCUUUCCCAUUUUGAAAAGUGGCUGUCAGAAUUUCAUUGUUGAAUUAAAGUUUCUAUUUUUAGGAAUCGGUAAAGGAGUCAAAAAUUUGUUUGGUGGAUUUUUUGUUUUAGGGAAUACUAGAGAAACGAUCCCACAGCAUCACAGAUCCUCUACCAUACUUUAAAAUAUGCUUUAUUUGUAGAAAUGGACAAGUUGGGUGAAAGUAGCUGCUUUUUCAAUUAUGAAGACAAACACGCUUAUGGCAUAUUUUAUUGCUAUUUUCUCUUGUUUUUCCCAUUUUGAAGAGUGAUUAAGGGAAGUAGCUGCAGUUAUUCAAGAAUCAGGGAUCAAUUAUCAAACAUUCCCAGAUGCACAAUUAAAAACGUGAUUGUUUUCUGUGAAUUUUGUAAAAAUUUCUUAACAGUGAAAUCACAAUUAAAUGCCUUUCAAUUAAAGGUUGGAUUUCUCUCUGCAGCCAUAACAGAUUAAUUUAAAGUCAUUAAUAUAAACCAGUAGUGCCAAUAAAACAGUCUGUUAAAAACCAGAAUGUUAAAUCGUUUGAGGUUGUUGAUUUUUCUAGAAAUUCUGGUUUCAGUUUUUCAAAUCAUUUCAUGCAUAAAGCUGCUGAAAUCAGCCGUCUUUUCAGUCGCAUUUAGUUUUGCUACCUUAUUGCGCUUGAUGCAAUAGUCUUGAUAUGAUUUACCGUGUAAACAUUUCCCUUUUUUAAAAAGAAAAGUGCCUACUUUCAGCUGUUUGCACAAGUCUUAGUCUGUUGUGAAGAGACGAAGUAGAGUAGAAAACGAAGAUAUCUCAUAGUACUUAAAGCGUAAUAUAAUAAAAUUAUAUUUAAUAUAUCAGCAUGAUAUAGAACUUUAUUGAAGCCAUAUUUUGUUGACAAUCUUCUGCGAAAUGCAGGGCUAGAUUGAUGAAAUAAGAAUGUGAGAAACGGAGCAUCUCAUUACCAAACGACCAAAAAUAUCCAGAUUAAAGGAACAAAAUUCUUUUUUUUUCUUCAAUUAAAAUCUUUACAUUUUUCAAAAACAGUGCAGCUACUCUUCACCUUAAGUGGCUUUAAUUUUAUUUAAUUUUAUUGGUAUCAGAAACCAAAGAUAUUCAGCGACCGACCAAAACAGUUUUAAGAAGCUAAAACCAAAAAAAUAUGUAGGAUUUUUUUUACACGUUUUGCUUAAAAACGGCAAAAACAUUUUAUCUUUUAACGGAAACACCAAAGUGCUUCAGUAAAAACAGGAAGUUUUAGAUCGUUAGGGAUAAAAAUGAAGGAAAAACAUUUAAACUGUUUUACAUGGAGGAUUAUAAAAUAAAAACGUUUAGAUAUGAAAAAGUCGAGUUUUAUCAGUUUGUUGGAUUGUAACUCGCUCAGUUUUCACCUGUUUUUCUGUUUACAUGUUGCAUUGUGUUUUUCCCAGUUUUAUCACCCUGUUUGUUUUAAGUUAUGCAGUAUUUUAAAGAGUACUGCUGCGUUCUGUACGGCUGUGUGCUCUAAAAAACAUUUUAUUUGUUAUACUUAGACUUUUAUUUGCACAGAAAUAAAUUCUUUUGUUUUGAAA